AUGCGACCCAACAGGGUUGGGCGAAGGAAGGAGCUGGAGUUCGCCGUGGCCCUCCGUCAAAAGGAGCUGGAGGACCUGCGACAGCGCAAGGCAGAGCUGGAGCAGGGGCUGUGCCUGACGCCCGACGCGCUGGCGACGGACGGCCUCUACGCCGUCUUUCCCGUCCUUGAGUACUGCGGGGCCAAGCCGCGGAAGGACGUGCGUUCCAUCCCCAUCGAACACGUCGGGAGCGUGCUGACGCAGUUUGAGGUGGCGUCCAAGGCCCUUUCGGACCGCAACCAGGCACUGAGGCAUGAGGUGAGGGAGCUCAACCGCCGCAUCAAGGCGGAGGGAAAGAGCUGCGCCAAGGUGCGGGAAAACACCACGCAGCUCGAGCACACCACCGGUGUGACGGCAAAGCCUGGGAACCACGCAAACGGAAGCAAGCCACUCGUGCUGCAAAACGACACGGAGGUGACGCUGCAAGAAUUGGAGUCGAGAAAGGCACUCAUUGCAAAGGAAAUCAGGACAGGGGAACUUCUCGUCAAGAAAAAGGAACUGUCCUUGGUUGAGAUGGCAAGUAUCUCACAACAGCGUCAGGCGGUACUGGAUGAAAUUGAUGCCUUGAAUAAUGACAUCCGCGUUACCGAUCGGGAUUUAAAGUGUGAGAAGGAGACACUGCAGGCCCUGAUCGCAGAGCACGACGACGUUGACGCCAGAUUGCAGAAGGCCCUGGCCGCCCGGGAGUCCACCCUUCUCCUUACGUCUCAAGAGGGCGUUGCGGAACUAAAGAGUGAGAUUCAUGGCACGGUGGCGGAUACUCGCCAGCGACAAGAACGUGUCAUCAAGACGCAGAACUACCGCAUUGAGCAGCUGGAGCAUCGUCUGGAAUGCAUUGAAACGGCCCUCAAGAACAAUCACUUCACACGUGCUGUGGAUGCGGCACUGUCAAGGAGCUGGGCGUCUAAAGGUGAAUUGAUGACGCUUGCUAACGAGGAGGAUAUGUACGAUGCCGACAAAAUCAAUCCCACGCAGGAACGGUGCCAUCCAGCCAUCUACAAUCUUUUCGCCACCGAGAGGGAUAGGCUGUCGAGGUACAUCAGCUUGCUUGAACUGGUUGGAGGUGAGAAGGAGGCUGUCAUUGUCGCGCUUAGAUGUAAGGCCCAGGCAUUGUCCGAGGAGUGCCAGGACGCCAUUGAGGAAUUGGAUCAGGUUACUUCAGAUGCUGCAUACGAGGAGGAAAACCAACGCAUUAAAGCGAUAGAGUAUGUGGAGGAGCAGCGUAUGCGCUACGCUGAUUUGUUCCUUGAAAAAAGCAAACUGAAGUCGCUCACGCUUGCCACGCCGCGGGGGCAGAGGAGAGCCAUCAAGUAG